AUUAAAAUUUGGCACAUAACGGGGGCCAGAAAGCGUAGCAAAAGGGCAAGAAAAGCGUAUAAAAAGAAGGAAGAAGUGGAAGAACAAGGCAGGGCAGCGACAUAAACAAGAAAGUUGGGAGAAAGACAAAGAGAAAGUCCAAUAAACAAGCCACUGUUAACCUGUUUUCCAUUAACUAGGCUGUUUCUUGGAUCUUUCUUGCAUCUUUCUUGCAUCUUUCGAGGAAAUUUAACUUCAGAAACUGGAAGAUUAUGUCGAUUAUCACCUUCUAAAUUCUCUUCAAUCGAAAAGAACGAAACAGGUGGAUCGACAUGGGGAACUGUUUAGGAACUCCUGUGAAUAAUCACUACAGCCCUCCCACUACCAAUCCUUAUACUCCAGAAACCUUCGGGAACUGUAGUAAACAUCCUGGGGUCCCUAGUACCAGCAGCAGUAAUAACACCAGCCCAGAAAACGUCAGCGAUGGUGUGGAAAAUGGAAGCAGCAAGAAGGAAACGAGCGGGAAGAUUAUCACCCCGAAUCUUAAAAUGUUCACUCUAGCCGAGUUAAAGAGUGCUACCAGGAACUUCAGACCUGAUACAGUUCUAGGGGAGGGAGGAUUUGGAAGAGUGUUUAAAGGGUGGAUUGACGAGAAGACUUACGCGCCGUCUAAAGUCGGCGUCGGCAUGGCGGUCGCCGUCAAGAAGUCCAACCCAGAUAGCAUUCAAGGCCUAGAGGAAUGGCAGUCUGAAGUGAAAUUCCUGGGGAAGUUUUCACACCCAAAUCUUGUGAAGCUUCUUGGUUAUUGUUGGGAAGAAAAACAAUUUCUUCUGGUAUAUGAAUACAUGCAGAAGGGAAGCUUGGAAAAUCACCUCUUCAGAAAGGGUGCAGAGCCACUUCCAUGGGAUGUUAGACUUAGAGUAUCAAUUGGGGCAGCUCAAGGCCUUGCCUUUUUGCACACCUCAGAAAAGAGUGUCAUCUACAGGGACUUUAAGACCUCUAACAUCUUGUUGGAUGGGGACUACAACGCCAAACUUUCAGACUUUGGACUGGCCAAAUUGGGCCCCAUAAAUGGCAACUCUCACAUUACAACUCGGGUCAUGGGCACAUAUGGCUAUGCAGCCCCUGAAUAUGUUGCCACAGGGCAUUUGUACGUGAAGAGUGAUGUUUAUGGGUUUGGUGUUGUCCUGCUGGAAAUGUUAACUGGGCUACGAGCACUGGACACCAACAGGCCCACAGGCGAGCACAAUUUGGUAGAUUGGGCUAAGCCAUCUCUUUCAGAUAAAAGAAAGCUGAAAAAGAUAAUGGACCCAAGGCUUGAAGAACAGUACCCAAUAAAAGGUGCACUGCAAACAGCUGAGCUUAUAAUAAACUGCCUGGAAUCUGAUCCCAGAAAUAGACCUUCCAUGGAAAAAGUUUUGGAAAGCUUGGAAAAGAUAUAUGCCAUCAGGGAGAAGCCUAAGGAGAGCAAAGUAAAGAACCAAAAACAGGGUAAUAAUAGGCGACAAGAACAACACUCAGCUUAUCCUCAUAGGUCUCCUCUUCACUCCAAGAAUGGUGGGUCUGGAAAUGGAGGCUCAGCUUACCCAGUUAGGUCUGCCUGAUUUCAGUACUGUGCAUGCAGAGAUUGUAUGUUUUGUUGUUGUUAACUAGAAAAAUUUUUCUUCUUGUAAUUUUGGACUCUUAAUCUUGAACAUAGCUAAUAUACACAACAAAAGUGUCAGUCCACUCUACCCAACCAGAGGCCAAAUCUUUAGAUUAAAUCAUUCUAGGCUUGGCCAUGAUCCGAUUCUAACCGGGGAAUUGGAUUGAUCUGAUUUGAAAUUAAAA